AUGUACGCCCUGUGCCUGACGGACUAUCCGAGGAUCGAGAACGCGGAGGAAUCCGUAGACGGAUGGAGGUAUCCUGCCCCACCGGGGGGAAAAGUGAUAUUCACCUGCAGGCACCCGAGAGGGUUUAGCAAUGGGUUCAAAGAGCACAAGGCAAAAUGUUCAUCCGUGACUGCUGAUGCCUGGUGCACAACUUUCACUCAGAGCGAAAAAUAUCUCUGUCCUCAUCCACUGUCGUGCGUGACCGAACACCCUAAGAUAGAGAACGUGAGCUGGACCUAUGACAGAUGGGACGGGAAAUACCCAGCACCUCCUGGUGCCACCAUCAUCUAUACCUGUCACCAAAACUCAAGGUUCACGGAUGGAUCACUGAAACAUAAUGCCACCUGCUCCUUCCUACCUGAUGACGCUUGGGACACCUCCUUUCACGGAAAUAAUGUUCGAUGCCGAGAUGAGAUAGUUUAUCCCGAAUGCCAACUGACGGAGAUGGGGAAAGAAUACGUAGGCACCGUAAACGUGACCAAGAGUGGAAGUGUCUGCCUGAGAUGGGAUUCCCCUACCGUGGAAUCGUCGUUCCGGAAAGUCGGAGAAGGAUUCGAUCCAAAUAUGUUCUACGAUGAGCAUUUUCUGUACCAGGACUCGUCCUUGCAUAAGAACUUCUGCCGGAACCCGACUUUGAACACGGGACCCUGGUGUUUCAUCGAGAGGGGUGGCUUGACAUGGGAGACGUGCUCGAUUCCAUUCUGUGAUGACCGGAGAGCACCAGAAUGCAAGGUGACACAGAUGGGAGCGGAAUACAUUGGUGCAAGGAACAGGACACUUUCAGGUUCUCCAUGUUUGUCAUGGUUAUCUAUGAACAGCGUGAAGGAGGGGGCAUUAUUUGCAAAGUGGAAACAGACAUUCCCUGAUUCCAUCACGACUGACCACAACUACUGUCGAAAUCCGGAUGGGAAAAUGGGUGGUCCCUGGUGCACAGUUUCGGAUGCCGAAAGUUCAGAGGAGUCAUGGGGAUACUGCGAUGUGCGGGUUUGUGAAAUGGAGAAAAAGGAGACAACAUGCGAGAUGGAAGGUAGUUGCCAGCCGAAACCCAUGGAGUGCAAACUGACGAAUGUUGGAGACGAAUAUAUCGGUGUUAUGAAUGUGGUGGCAAAUGUUGAGAUCGGCCCGAAGAAGUGCCAAUCAUGGUUGAGUCAGGCAACCGACGAAGAUGUCACAAUGCCGAGUCUGGAGACAUUCCCUGACCCAGCCAUAGACAGUGGUCACAACUACUGUCGUAAUCCGAACCGAGAUCCCAAUGGUCCAUGGUGCUACACAGAAUAUGCUACUGGCAGUGGGCGGCAAUAUUGCGAAGUCCCUUUUUGUUUCGAAGCAUAUGAACGUUCUGCUGUCGACGGUAACCCAGCGAAAGAAUACCCAGAAUGUCUCCAAACGGAAAUUGGGAAGGAAUACGUGGGGACGGUGAGGAAGACGAGGACCGGGAAGUCUUGUCUCAAGUGGAGUUCCAUGAAUUCGUCUUUCGAAUUCUUUAGAGACCUCCUGGACUUUGAUCGGAAAAUUGCUUAUGAUGGUCAUUUCCGAUUUGGGAAGGCUGCAUUACAUCAGGACUUCUGCAGGAACCCGACUUUGAAGGAGCGACCAUGGUGUUUCGUGAAUAUUUCGGGAGAAUGGGAUUAUUGCGACAUCCCCUACUGCCCCACCUACUCAAACAAGACGGAAUGCAGAUGGACACAGGAGGGAGAGGAAUACGCGGGAACUCGCAAUGUGACGUUUUCCGGGAGUAUAUGCCUGUCGUGGAGUGCCUCCAAAUUAUAUAAACGUUAUUGGCCAAGAUUCCCAGAGGACGUGAAGAAAAUCAAUCACAACUUCUGUCGCAAUCCAAAUGGCACAACGACGUCAGGCGGACUCCUCAAGUACUACGCCGUCCAUCCAGGUCAAAGGUAUGGAAAUGCAUCAAGGGUAGUUUCGACUCGGCACAUGGGACAGUGCAAUGUCUUGUGCACGAGUCAAAUACCGAUUCCCUGCAAUGCCUACAACUAUCGAAGUUCCGAUGGAUCAUGUGAGCUGAUCAUGAACGACAAGAGCUCGCUCGUCCCCUCCCAGGGGUAUCAGGCUUACGUCCAAAAGUUUUGCUUGACGGAGUACCCCAGAGUGGACAAUGCAAUGCCGACAUACAAGGGAUGGGAUGGGAAAUACCCGGCAUCCAGUGGGGCUUACGUGAUACUUACCUGCGACCAAGGCUUCACAGAUGGGAAGACGGAACAUAGGGCCACCUGUUCGGACCUUCCUGAUUCUUGGUGCACUUCGUUCCUCCUUGGUGAAUACCCCGAAUGUCGGAAAACUGAGAAGGGAAAGGAAUAUAUCGGGACAAUGAAGAAGACCGAGACGGGAAAGGACUGUCUCCGGUGGGAUUCCAAGCCUUAUGGGAAACCGAAGGACUUCUCCAUCGCAAUGCUCUAUGAAGAGCACUUCCUUAACGAGGAUGUGGAAUCAGCUGAGAACUACUGCAGGAAUCCAGCCCUGAGGGAAAAGCCUUGGUGUUUCGUCUCGGACCCAAACAUAACAUGGGAAUUCUGUGACAUUCCGAAGUGCAUGAACUUGGUUCCCUUGGAGUGCAAACUGUCUCAAAAGGGAGCGGAGUACAUGGGGAUAAAAAGCAGGACUCUUUUGGGUAUGCCAUGCAUGCCCUGGUUGGAACUUCCACUGUCGCUUCAAUAUCGACGGUGGUGCCUAAGGCUCCCUGCAUUCUCGGAUGAGGUGAACGAGGAGCACAAUUAUUGUAGAAAUCCCGGGGGUCGUCCUGCUGGUCCUUGGUGUUACUUUGGAGAUGGGGUUGACGAUUGGGGAUACUGCGACGUCCCGUUUUGUCCUCAACUGGAAAAAAAAGCCGCGGCUUGCGACCGCUACGCUGGCCAUCUAAUAGGUGGAAAUUUGAACCGUCUAUUGUGA